UUUUAACCUAGAUACCAUAAUAUAUAAAUUAUAAAGAAGCUUUUGCUGACCAAUUCGACUUAAGAUUCUGUAGUGUGUGGUUCCGGCAUCUGUAGCGAGUUCUUCAAAUUAGUGGGUGAAUAUUUUCGAUAUUUUGGAAUAAUCCUCAGACAUGGCGUUACAUUGUGAGAAAAAUCGCAUAUUAAAUAUAAUAAUCAUUAUAAUGAUGAUCACUUAUGAAAUAUCAGCUAGACCGGGAAAUGAGUGGAGACAGAACAACGCAUGUCAAGACGGAGAUGCUACAAAGCGUGAAAUUUGCCAGAGAUGUGCCAAGCAAACUAAGUCCCCCCUGGCCUAUCCUAUGUGCUGUAAUGAAGAAGAUGAAGUCCAUAAAUGGUGCUAUCGUUACACCACCUACGGCAAGGUCGCAUAGGAAUAUAGUAGCGAUGCUACUUAUUAAUAAAUUAGUGUGAUAGGGCAUUCAAUACGAAGCCACCAACAAUGCAAUUUAUCAAAAAAAAAAUCUUUGAUUUAGUCAGAGGAAUGGUGCGUGUGGACGGACUUUUAUUUGUGAUAUUGUAAAGUAUAAGUGUAUGUUAAAAAUCGUGUGUGUACCUACUUAUAUAUUUUGUGUUAAUAAUUAGUAGAGGAUGAUUCUAUAUAAGGUCGAACUGCACCGGUGUGUUCAAUGGAUAAAAAUUAUUUGAUAUAUAAUUUAGUAUGUUAAAAUUUAUAAAAAAUAAGGGAUGCUCAAUAUAAUUUUGUCCUGAAUAUUAAUUUAUUUGUAAUUAGAAAAAUAUUUUUUUUAUAAAUUUAUAAAAAAAUUCUCGAUCCGGUCAGAUAUUAUUUUAGAAUUUUUGGAUCAUUCGGAACAAAAAAGAUCGUUUGUCUUUUUUUUUCUCUUAAAUUGACAGUUGAUCGUUUUCAACAGUUGAAAAAAUCAAUACUUUAAAAUAAAAUAAGUCCAAAAUACUUAUCAAGAACUGAUAUAAUAAGGUUUGAACUUAAAUUUAGGUACUUCGUAAUUUCAAUAAUAAUAUUUUUACUUAUACUUUUUGAGCCUUGAAAAUCUUUUUCGGUUUAAAAUUUUUUAUAACUCGAAAACGAUCAACUUAAGAAGAAAAAUUACAAAAGGUUUUUGUGUUCGAAUUAUCCAAAAAAUCUAAAAUAAUAUCUAGACGGACCGAAAUUUUUUUUAGUUUACAAAAAAAGUAAUUUUUUAAUUAUUAUACCCCUUGUUUUUUAUAAUUUUUAACAUACUAAAUUACAUAUCAACUAAUUUCUAUCCAUUAAACAUAUCGGUGUAGGUCGACCUUAUAUCGUAUAUUCGACUAUAUUGGUGAUAUUUAUAAGAUGAAUUCUUACAUUUUUAGUUUGACAAAAAUUGGAUCAGAAUAUUUUAACGAUAAAACAGCCUUAUCUUAUGAGCUUAUUUCAACAAGAACAUUUAACUUCAGUCUGGAGUAAAAUUUUGCAGCAUUAAAUUAAUUUAAUAACA